CUGUAUUUCCUGUUACCCCUACCAAGAAUGCUUUGUAGGUACAUAGUUAGGUGCAAAAUACAUGAGACGCUAGAACAAGUUUGAUUCAAACAAUCAACAUGCGUAUUUUUUCGUUGUCCAUUUCCUUAUUUGUUUUCUUGUUUGUGGGGCAGGUGUUUGGAAACUUGCAGUGUUCCCAUCCAAAUGAAAUUCAAGACUGUGUAAAAGAAUGUCCUCCAGAAAAAAGCUGCGGAAAUAAAGACAUAAAAUUCAAUUGCUUGGUGAACAAUAAAAGAUGUCAAAUAAAAUGUGUCUGUAAAGAAGGUUUUUACAGAAAUUAUGACGGAGAUUGCGUGUCUGAUGAAGCUUGUGAUCGAUGUCCUGCUCCGAAUGAGGUUUUCAGUUGUGGUAGCGCUUGCGAUACUACAUGUGCGACGCUCAACCAACAAUGCCCCAUUGUAAAUAUAAAAUGUAAUGACAAAUGCUAUUGUAGAAGAGGCUAUGCUAGAAAUGAUAAAAAUAUUUGUAUUCUCAUGAGUGAAUGCAUUUCAGAAGCAAACAAUACCCUGAACAGCCAUGAAAACGUUAGAAAAGCGAGAGCAGCCUAUCAAAAUAAAGAAAAUGCAAAUGUUGUAUGCGGUCCAAACGAAGAAUAUCAAGAGUGUAAGAAAACCUGCCCACCGGAUACUUGCAUGUCCCUAGUUGCCAGGUUCAAAUGUGCUAGCAAUCCUCCGUGCACACCUGGUUGUGUAUGCCAACCAAACUUUUUGAGGACCAAGCGUAAUUCACCAUGUAUGCCAAUGCGACAAUGUCCGGAAUUAGCACAUUCUCCAGAUUUUAACUAAGUAGGCAUAUUAGCUACCAAAUCGUAUCACCUUUAAUUAUUAUUUUCAAAAAUUACACGAAUUUUACAAAAAUUGCUUGUUUUCUCCUCUUUUCUAAGUUAUUUGGCAUUGCAAUUAUUAAUUUUAUCAAGAGGCUAUGACAAAACAAAAAUGUAAGAAAUAAAAUAUUAUGCUUUUCUUAAUCAAUUAUUCACUGCAGUAGAAUGCGUGCCGCCUCGCGCCACUCCUCCGCUGCAGGCCGCUGCUUUUUCAGUGUAACUUCACUUUUAAUGGACAACUUAAAUGUGAUUUCUAAUUGCCUACAAAAAUGUAUUGAUACUUUAUAAGAGUAGUUUUAUUAAAUCUAUUCUUAGUUUAU